AUGCGUUUAGUGAUCUGUGAUACAGUAGAUUAUGUGGCAGAAUGGUCUGCCAAAUAUGUUUUAAAAAGAAUUCAUGAUUUUCAACCACAUGAAAAUAAAUAUUUUGUUCUUGGUCUUCCAACAGGUGGAACACCUUUGGGAAUGUACAGAAAACUUAUAGAAUAUCAUAAAGCAGGAAAAAUUUCCUUCAAAUAUGUAAAAACAUUCAACAUGGAUGAAUAUGUUGAUUUACCCAGGGAUCAUCCAGAGUCUUAUCAUUACUAUAUGUAUAAUAAUUUCUUUAAACAUAUAGAUAUAGAUCCAAAAAAUGUACACAUCCUUGAUGGUAAUGCGCCAUAUCUUGUAAAAGAGUGUGAUGAUUUUGAAAAAAAAAUUAAAGAGGCUGGUGGUAUUGAGUUGUUUAUUGGUGGUAUUGGUCCAGAUGGUCAUAUAGCUUUUAAUGAACCAGGAUCCUCCUUAGCAUCACGUACAAGAGUAAAAACAUUGGCUCAGGAUACAUUAGAAGCUAAUGCAAGAUUCUUUGGAAAUGAUAUUUCCAAAGUUCCAAAACAAGCACUGACUGUUGGUGUUGGCACAGUAAUGGAUGCUAAAGAAGUAAUGAUUCUCAUCACAGGAUCUCAUAAAGCAUUUGCUCUUUAUAAAGCGAUAGAAGAAGGUAUUAAUCAUAUGUGGACUGUGUCAGCUUUUCAACAACAUCCUCGUACAAUAAUUAUCUGUGAUGAAGAUGCAACUCUAGAAUUACGUGUAAAGACAGUGAAAUAUUUCAAGGCUCUCAGUGCUGUACAUCACAAAUUGAUUGAAGAAGAUGGAGAUGCAAUCGUUCGUCGUACAAUACAAAACAGUUAA